CACGGACGUAUAUAAGGGGGGGGUUUUGGGGGUCCGGACCCCCCCAUUCAUAUCCACCUUACUUGUCCAACAGAAAAAAAUUACAUGCACCGCGCCGAUUGUAAUAAACGAUAGUUGCUGUGGAGCGUGUCCGUAGGGCGAGUAUCGGAAAACGCGAUGCGUAUGCCCGCGUAGUGCGGGGUGAGGGGGGAUGGGCACUUCCCCCGCCACCGUCGCCCGCGCUUCGGCGGCGCGCACCAAACCAAGCUAGUCUAGUAGUCUAGUCCACAGAACUGUCUAGUCUAUUUUAUCUCUUCGCGUUGACGCGUUGCGCAGUUGUUAUAAAUACAAUAUAGAAAGAAGUGUCGCUAUGAAACGAACAAAUCAGGUAUCUCUUUUGGGUUUUUUUUGUAAGAAAGAGAGUCCAAAGCCCAAUGAACUUUUGUCAAUUGAAGAAGUAGGAAUAAAUAGAGCGGGGCCAUCCACAGAUACUGAUGACGAUGAAGUGAAGAAAGGUAAGUCUCUUAUUUAUUUAAUUAGGAAGAAAUCCAGUUAUUUGAAUUUAAUGGACGCUCUAAAAACUUUUAUCCUGCUCUUAUUUUUAUUCCCAGAGAAUUUUUGUAAACAAUUGUGUUGCCGUGAGCAUAAAAUAUUUGACAAAAAUGGUAAUUUCAGUGUAUAUGCGGAAUGUACCUAAGUGUCAUAAAAUCAUUUCGCCUUUUAAGAGAAAUAGAAUUAUAUUUAACAAGUAAGUGGCGCCCGCGACUGUGUUCGCGUAGACUUAAUUUUUAGUUGAAAAUUCUUAUUCCCAACAUAACUUUUUAGUUUUUGUCAAAUAUUUCUUUGUUACAGCCAGGAUCGAUUUGUGUUCGGCUCCGUCCGCAGCCGCAGCCAGGACGGGUUAUGAUAUUGGGAAAUACGUAUGUCAUCCUCCAAGCAAUGACGAGGAAAAGCUGAAAGCAUUAAAAGAGCCUUGGAUUCCUCCGGACACAUUUAAAUUUCCAGUCACUGACACCGGUAAAAAGAAACUUUCUUUUCAACGCCAUUGGACUAACAGGUACUCAUGGCUUGUAUAUUCAAACCUCAUGCAUGGAGCACUUUGCAAAGUAUGUGUUCUACUUGGAAAAACGCAAGGUGGUCGUGGUCAUCAAGAACUUGGAGCCUUUGUUAGUAAGCCAUUUAUUAACUGGAAGAAAGCUUUAGAGAGCUUUGAUCACCAUGCAGAUACGAAGUAUCACAAAUUUGCUGUUGAGCAGGCAGCAAAUUUUGCAAGGAUCAUGGAAGGAAAAACGCUUGAUGUUACAGAAUGCUUAAAUGUAGAAAACAAUAAAAUUGCCGAAGAGAACAGAAAAAGAUUAAAAGCCAUUGUUGAAACAAUUAUUCUUUGCGGAAGGCAAGCAAUAGCACUAAGAGGAAGUCAUGAUUCUGGAGAAAUUGGGAUAAAUGAGCCUGAACAUAAUGAUGGUAAUUUUAGAGCACUUCUUCGUUUUCGUGCGCGAUCUGGCGAUGAAGCACUCAAGAAUCAUUUACUAACACAAAACAUUCACAGUAGAGCCAUGUAUACGUCAUCAGUAAUUCAAAAUGAGGUGAUUGAACUAUGUGGUAGUGCUAUUCAAACGCAAGUACUUAAUAGGGUCAAAGAGGCUGGUUUUUUUACUAUACUUGCUGAUGAAACACAAGACAUUUCACGGCGAGAACAAUUAGCGUUAUGUUUACGAUAUGUACACUGCUCAUCUGGGAAAUCGGUUAUACGGGAAGAUUUUUUAGAAUUCAUUCACGUAGAAGAUGUUUCAGCUCAAGCUUUGGCAACGACUAUUAUAUCACAUCUUUUAUCAUAUAACUUGGAUAUGGAUAAAUGGAUUGGUCAAGGCUAUGAUGGCGCUGCAGUGAUGAGCGGCCGGUUACGGGGCGUAAGAACAAUAAUCUCAGAGCAAUACCCGAAGGCGCAAUUCGUACACUGUGUUGCUCAUGUUCUUAACUUAGUUUUAGCGCAUUCAUGUGAGAUACCAAUGAUACGUAACUGUAUCGGAACCAUUAAGAGCGUAAUAAACUUUUUUCGCCAAUCACCGCUUCGCGACGGACUUUUGAAGAAAAUUGCGGAUCAAAUUAACUCAUCUCAUUCAACGCUUAUCUCUCUUUGUGAGACAAGAUGGACCGAGAAACACGUGGCGGUCGAAAGAUUUGCAGAAAUGGUUCCCGUUAUACGCGAAACACUUGGGGCACUUCAAGAUGCUGCAAGCAGCGACGUCGCUACUCAAGCAUACCAUCUUCAAACCGCUAUGGAUAACAGCCAGUUUAUUGUUUCUUUAGUUAUACUGAGAAAAGUUUUUUCAUAUACAGCAAACCUUAACAAAGCAAUGCAGAAAGUCAAUGUCGAUUUGACCAACAUUUGCGAAUAUACAAAAACGGUAAAAACGACUUUACUAAAUGUUCGGAACGAAAGUCAGUUUGCAAUCCUUUUUGAGCAAGCGCAGCAGAUGAGUUCAGGCGAUAUAGUCGUGCCAAGAAUAACUGGAAGGCAAACCCUGCGCAAUAAUAUUGCAGCAGAAACUGCCGAAAUAUACUACCGACGAAAUGUGUUUUACCCUUUCAUUGAUCAUGUUAUUGCAGAACUCGACGCUCGUUUUAAACCACAUGAAUCGACGAUCGAAGGAAUUCAAAUGCUGUUACCUGAAAAAACUAGUAAUGACUCCAGGAUAAAAGAAAAUCUUGAAAAAAUUGCACAAACAUUUCUUGGUGGAGAAAAUGAAGGCACAAUAUUUCUGAGUGAAUAUGAGAUAUGGCACAAUCACUGGAAAUCUGUAGCACAAAAACCUGCAACUGUGCUUGACGCUAUCGAUAACUGCGAUGAUCAGUUCUUCCCUUCAAUAAAAAAGCUUCUAAUUAUCUUAGCCACACUCCCAGUGUCCACUGCAACCCCUGAAAGAUCUUUCUCUACCUUAAAGAGGUUAAAAACUUACCUAAGAAAUAAAAUGGGCGAUGAAAGACUUACUGGUCUGGCUUUAAUGAGCGUACACCGAGAUCUGGCGGUGCAACUAGAUUCCGAAGAAAUUAUCAAUCAGUUAGCAAUAAAACGUAAAAGACUAAAUUUAUUAUUUUAAAGUUUCAUCUUUGUUACUUUUGAAUAAAUAUUGCAAUACAUACAUUAAACUUUUUAUUUAAAGGCACCUACCUAAGUAACCUGAGUUAUAUAUUAUAGAUUACCCGCGACUAUACUUGCGUGUUAUAAUCGAAAUGUUUAAUCUGUAAGUAAUAGAUCCAAUUGGCGUUAGAGCUCUGUUUUUUUUCACUUUGGGGACCCCCCCCUUAUCAGAGCUAUAGCUACGUCAGUG